UUUUUUUUACCGGAUCACAUGACACAAUUACCUCAAGAAUCGAUCAAGAUGAAUUGCACGUCAGCGUACGUUUCCGAUUUUUUCUUCCUCGCGAGUCCUAUCCACACGCAUAUGGUGCAAUAGAUGGGCAAAGUUUAACAGUCAAGCUUACGAUUUUUCCUCUCUAAGGCUAAAGCGAGCAAUGACCGACUACGAUGAUCGCGGCAACUGUGCAUCCAAUAUGUAUUUACCGUACUAUGUUCAUGAUUUCUCGUCGGUCUCAUCGUUUUUACCACAAACAACGUCGUGUCAAGUAAAUUUCCCCUAUUCUUCGAACAUAGCGCAAGUCCAACCUGUUCGUGAAGUGACUUUCAGGGACUAUGGACUGGAUCAUCCGAGCAAAUGGCACUACAGGGGCAAUUACGCUUCGUACUAUUCAACGGAGGAGAUAAUGCACCGAGAUCUCCUACAGUCAACAAACAGAGCGGAAAUUAUUUUCAAAAACGAUUCCGUGUAUAGCCACCAUCACGGUGGUAAUAGCUCCUCGUGCAAUUUCUUCACCAACGUCGGCCGAAACGGGGUACUUCCACAAGAAUUUGAUCAGUUCUUUGAGACUGCUAACUCGGAGAAGCCCAACCCUGAGCAGUCCGAACAAAAGCCAGAUACAAGUGUCCCCGGAGAUGCUGCAUGCAAUGUGUCUACAGAUAGCGCGGACCAGACCAAGCAAGACCCCUCGGAAACCCUGGAGGAGGAAUCCUCGAUAUCAACCUGCGAUGAAGAGAAAAACAACGGCUCAAGUUCAACAAAGUCCAGAAAAAAGAGGUGCCCGUAUACAAAAUACCAGAUCCGAGAACUUGAACGAGAAUUCUUUUUCAAUGUGUACAUAAACAAAGAGAAGCGUCUGCAGUUGUCACGAAUGCUCAGUCUUACAGACCGACAAGUGAAGAUUUGGUUCCAGAACCGAAGGAUGAAAGAGAAAAAGAUGAACCGAGACCGUCUCCAGUAUUUCACUGGAAAUCCAUUGUUCUGAAAGUCAUGAUGUAUAGCCUACUUGCCGCUUCGGGAGACGAUGGCUAUCCUAUUGUGUCAUGAUUGUGGGACAUCAUCCAUUCGUCGGACACAUGACUUAUUUUCACGUCAACGCUGUAUUUUACUAUGCAAAAUACUUGCUAUCUAAAAUGAAUUUUAUCCGCAAUUAAAAUUCUGCACAAAUUAGCCUAUCUACCACAAUGUAUCCGCAGUGAGGUAAAUGAUCAGUUAUCAGGAACAGGUACCCCGACAAUCUCUUCAUACUCUGUGAUAAUGCCAUUGGAAUUCAGUAGCUUUGUAUUUGUAUUUAUUUAUUGUAUUUUUGCAUUCUCACAUUGUAAGCAACCUUUGAUUACAUCAAAUCAAUACGUAAUUACAUUGAGUUAGAACUGUGUAUGCAUUUAUUCGUUUGAAGCAUGUAAUGUAUCUAUGUAUUAAAUAAAAAUACAGCAAGUUA